AUGUCUGCGCCAAAGCCUUCAGCUGUUAGGCUAACACCCCGUGAAACAGAGACAGCGGUGGCAGUCCUUCAAAACCUACGCAGCGGUGAGAUCAAGAUCGAUUACGUCGCCAUGGCCGCAACACUAGGGCUCAAGAACGACAAGGUCGCCGCCGCCGUAUGGUGUGCCUUGCGGAAGAAGCUGUUCGCUGAUGGCGGUAGCCCACCAUUCAAAGUCGAAGCUGCCAAGGUCACCAAGAGUGCCACCAAGAAGACAAAUCAAAAGAACGGUGCUGUCGCUCAAACCCCCAAGACAAAGAACAAAACCACUACGACCCCGGGCGAGGAUUCCAGCCUGCAUGAUCAAACCUGA